GGGGCCGGGCGCCGCAGUUCUAACCCGGGCCGGCCCCCAGCCGUUUGCCCCGUUCGCUCCGUUCGCCUCUUGCAGGUCCGCCAUGGCUACGCCGUCCCAGCUCCUGGAUGACCUGGCCGCAUCGUGCCUGUCCCCCCGCGGCCCUCCCAAUCUGCCCGAGCUGUACAGCGAGGCGCAGCGGCUGGCCGUGGAGGAGCUGGUGACGGGCGGCCGGGAUGCCUUUCUCGCUUUCCUGCGGCGGGAGAACGUGACCUGCUUCCUGUCGGAGGAGGAGAUCCAGAGCAUCCUCCUGGCCGCCGAGCGACCCCGAGCGCGGGGGGAGGACAGCUCGGCCGAAGAGUCCUUCACCUCGUCCCAGGACUGCUCCUCGCUCACCUAUUUCCCCGAGCAGUCGGACAUCGAGCCGCCCGUGCUGGAGCUGGGCUGGCCCGCCUUCUACCGCGGCGCGUACCGCGGCCCCACCCGCGUGGAGGCGCAUUUCCAGCCCUGCUUCCAAGACUCGCCGUACGGCUGCAAGGACGCGGUGCGCAAGCAGAUCCGCUCGGCCAAGGAGGUUAUUGCUGUGGUUAUGGAGUCAUUCACAGAUAUUGACAUCUUCAGAGACCUACAGGAAGUAUGUAGGAAGCAAGGGGUGGCCGUAUACAUCCUUUUGGACCAGGCUCUGAUCCGUCACUUCCUGGACAUGUGUGUGAAUCUAAGAGUUCAUCCUGAACAGGAAAAGGUAUCUUAUGAAGUUCGAACUAUUACUGGAAAAUACAUACUAUGCAGGUCAGGCACUAAGAUUGUUGAGAUCCAUGAAAAGUUCAUGUUGAUUGAUGGCAUUAGAGUAGCAACUGGCUCUUAUGGUUUUACCUGGACUGAUGGCAAAUUAAAUAGCAGCAACUUGGUAAUUCUGUCAGGUCAAGUGGUUGAACAUUUUGACUUAGAGUUCCGGAUCCUCUAUGCCCAGUCAAAGCCAAUCAGUCCUAGGCUCCUAUCCGUCUGUAGGAGCAGUGACAAGUUUGACCAUCUGAUCAACAGAAAACCCCUGUCUAAGGAGCUCACUUUGGGAAACCUCCUGAGGAUGCGGCUAGCCAGGCUCUCCAGCACGCCCAACAAAGUUGAUGUGGGUUCAGAGGCACCUGGGGAAGAGAAGAUGGAAACCAACUGCUAUGAUCUAGAGACUUCUACCAUUAGUGAGGAGGACUGCCUAGGUCAAGAGGCUGAGCUUGAGUUCAUAAAGGCAAGCGAUGUCUCCACUCAAACAGAGCCAUGGGAGAAGAUGCUGGUGACAAGCAUGUGUGAUGUGGGAACCCAAACUUGUGUUCCUACGGCGUGUAAUGGAACCCAAACCUUGGGCACCAGGUGACCGGCUCACAAAACAACGGUUUUGUCCAAGUCUAUCACCACCCAGACUGUGAGUGAAGCUGGGGAACCGUCUUUUUCUCAGGGGACUCGAUCGAAAGAUGGAUCACCAGCAUCUAAAAUGUCCACUGCUCCAUCUACGUCUUCCAGUGUGAGGUCCUUUUCUUCUUUGUCUUCCCAAGGCUCUGUGGCAAGCUCUGUUGGCUCCCAUUCUUCCACUAGAGCCACCGAGUUUCUGAAUCCUGGGUAUCCGAAAUACUCUGGCAACCCCAAGCUAGAUGUGUGCUUGAGGGACUCUUUCCGAAAUUUGAAUAAAGAGAGAGAGUUUCACUUUGCUGGCAUCAGGUCCCGGCUUAACCACAUGCUGACCUUGCUGUCCAGGAGAACAGUCUUGGCUGAGAGCUACCUGGGCUGUAAUCCUGGGAGUUACACCAGAACACCACUUAGUGGAGUUGGCAACAGUUUACUUGCCAUUCGGGAUAUUGCACUGUACCCUUCAUACCGGUGACUGAUGCUUCUUGUUAGCUGACUUUGGGCAUAAUACCAUAAUGAGCUCUGGGCAGCAGUGCUGCAGGUCUUGCCAUGGGGGCCUCCUUCUGCAGACUGCUGAAGUCUGUGUUUCUGAUUUCAAAUGCCUUAUGUGCCAAGGUGCCUUCCUUUACCUUGUAAAGCAUGAAAUCUUAGCCAGCCUAUUUUCUUUGAAUCCUUUGUAGAGUAUGUUCUUUUAAAUGAUGUGGAUAACUUUAUUUUAUGUUGACUUGUACAGUUCUUAUGUUGGUUGCUGUUGGAACUUUUUUUUUAUGGGUUACUAUUUAGGGGGUUAUUGGUAUAUUCAGGAUUCAGGCAAGACAUAGAAAUGCACUUGGGGGAUUUUCCUUGUAUGGAUGUUACUGUAUUCUAUUUUAGACACCAAUGCUCUUAUUAUACAUCUAAUGCUGUUAUUUAAAAGACAAAAUAAAACGGUUCCUUAGAUCAGAAUGAAUUUUUUUUCUUUUUAACUGUAUAUUCUUAGUAUUAAAUAAAUAUUCAUGUGGAUAGAACUUGUGUUUGAUUACUUUGGCAUAGAUUUAUAAGAACCAACUGUAUAUUUAAUGUUGGGAUAUUUCAUGAGUUAAUGAACAGCUAGAUAACUAAUUAAUAAAACUUAUUUGCUAUUGGGGGGAAAGAAAUUGAUAAUUCUAACAGAGGCUGGAACUUAGAGAUUCUUGGAGAGGCAGCACAGAAUCCUGGAUAGAAUGCUGAAGGACUUUUGUUUGAUUCCCACCUCAUACACUUGCUAGUUAUAUGACCUUGGGCAAUUCACCUACCUUC